GGCCCAAGGAAGUAAACAUAACACCGACUUAAUAAUGGAUUCCAUCGAGGAAGAUGAACCACUUUUGCUCAUACCAGAUGAGCCCAAUGAAAAACCAGUCAUUGUUCGUCCUGUAUAUCAGUUCAUUGCGAUAGAAAUUAUUUGCAUUCUGCAUUUUGGUGCUUUGACGGCAAUGCUCCCAAUCCAACAGUUUUAUGUUAUAGACGAAGUUGCAAAGAAAUAUGGAGGAGAUGGUAAAAAUUCAGACGUUGGCUAUUGCCCAAAUGGUACCGAACUUUCAAACAGUACAAGUGAUAUCGUCCAAGCAGAAUCUACAACCAUACUCAUGUAUUUGGGAUUCAUCAGUACAUUAAUCGCUGUAAUUCCUAUUUUGGUAUUAGGAGCAUUAACAGACAGAUACGGAAGAAAAUUUCCAUUGUAUCUUUCAUUUGUUGGAGUUUUACUCAAAGAAAUCGUGAUGAUCGUUACCGUUUACAAAGGAUUGUCCCUUUGGUUUUUAGCUUUAGGAGAUUUUUUCCUGGGCAUCACUGGCCAUUUUGGUCUAUUUUUAGCUGCUUUGAUGGGGAUGAUUGCUGAUAUUACAACUCCCGGCAAGGAAAGAGCAAUGAAGAUAACCGUAUUGGAAGGGACUAUUGCCGUUGCCUUGGCCUUAGCGACAUUAGGUUUUGGCUAUUGGAUCAAAGACGGUAAUUAUAGACAUCCAUUGAUAAUGUGCAUCGCGUGUACCGUUUUGGCAUUCAUAUUGACACUUACAAUCUUGUCCGAGACUUCAAGGUCAAACAAAAAGAACGACAUCAAGAUUUGUACUACAGCAAUGUUAUGCGCUUGUUUCGACGUGUACAAAAAUGGAAACAGGAAAAGAAAUAAAAAAUUGGUUAUAGGGCAGAUAAUAUUUUGCAUCAAUGUUGGGGCACUCUUGGGGAAAACAAAUGUUGUUACUCUAUUCUUUCUUCAUUAUCCGUUGUGCUGGAGUGAGCUUCACGUCCAAGCUUUCACUUGCGUCCAAUUCUUGGUGAACUGGGGAACAAUUAUACUGGGCAUAAGAAUUUUACACAGAUACCUGGCAGAUUAUACUAUAGUUGUUAUAGGAACAGUAUCGGCCAUAGCAAGCUCUGUCACUUUGGCUUUUAGUACAGAAGACUGGAUAGUUUAUGUAUAUGCGGUGAUUGGUGUUAUGGCAGUCUCAAUUGCACCGUUACUAAGAUCGGUGCUGUCCAGGCUGGUGUCACCAGAUGAACAAGGUAGCCUUUUUGCCAGUAUUGGAAGUUCUGAAUUGCUGCUGACGUCACUUGCACAGCUGUUAUAUGGUUUUGUUUACAAAGAGACUGUUAGUUAUCUUCCAGGGUUGGUGUUUUUGAUAAUGGCUGGCAUUCUAGUCAUAGAAUUCUGUUUAUCUUUAGUUCUAUACAGUAUUAUGUCCUCGGAACCAAUAUCUGUAACAGAAACAGUUGUUGAAGUCUCCUAGAUUUUAGAAUUGUCUAUCAGGAACAUUGAUUAGAAUCUCCCAAUUUUAUAUUAAGACAGUAGUUGAAAUCUCCUAUACUUUUCGAUCUGUGACUUUAUAUUAAGAUAAUUGUUGAAAAAUCCUACAUUCAAUAGUUUAUAUCUGAAAGAGUGAUUGGAAUCUCCUAAUUUUUUUUAGAUCUGUGUAUCUAUAUCAUGCACAAUGGAUGAAGUCUUAAUGAUUCUUAAUUUAAGAUCUGUUUUUUAGACUCACACAUAUUGUGAAAAGCAAAACCAAUUGAAAAAUUUACCAUUAUGUUUGUCUGUAUGAAUUACACCUUUUAUUUAUAUAUUUUUACCCCACUGAAAAAUAUGUUUGAAAAUAUGCAAAAUUUUGUCAUUUUUGUUAGAAAAAUUUAAUUAUGCUUUUCUUUCGACCAUUUAAUCUCCGUAAACAUUGAUAAUUUUUCAAAUAUUUUAAAGUUUAAAUUUUGUACAUAUUUAUCAACUAACAGUAUAUAUUGAUUUUUAGAGGCAAAAUUGGACCCUUAGCCCACCUUCUCUUUUAAUACAUCCAACUGCUUUUGUUACAAAGUUCUGCAUUGAUUUAUUCCAUCAUUACAAUCCUCUUGUUAUGAGCAAUACACCAUUUCCCUUAAUCUUCUGAAUCACUUUUUAUUUUUUAUUUUUAGAAACGUGGUUACUGUGAAUUCAGAAAUUAUUGUGAGGUUUUUAUUAGUGUGAAUAAAAAUGUGACUGGUUGAGUAUCAAAAUAAUAACUUGUAUUCUGAUAAGUGAUGCAGAUUAUCCUGAAAUCACAAUAAUUAAUCUCACAGUUUUGUCUAUUUCUAAAAAAAUGCAUUAAUAAAUGCACGCAAUUGUUUCUGAAUUUACAGUAAUUAAGUUCUGCAUUAAGGGCAGUUUGAAACCACAUGUCUAGUCACUUGUGUUCAAUAGUACAGUGCAAUUUAACUACCUUUUAGUCAUUACAUAUUUACAAUUUUUCAUUCAAAUUUAUUUUUCAAAGACACAAAUUUAAGUGGUGUGUUUAUGGCAUCUCAACACUACCCUCCUAUCUACCUCCAGAAUACUGCACAAUUCAGCAUUAUUUGGGAAAUCAUGGCAUAAUUACAAUUUACAAGAUAAUUAUGCAGCAUAAAGGUUUAUUAAGAUAGGGCACCAGGGCCAUACAGAGACUUUCUGUAGUUAUAAUUUAUUUUUCCCCAAUUUUUUGGGGGAUUUCAUCUAAUGUUUUCUAUCAGAUUUUGUUUUUCAACUUCAGUAUUGAAUGCCAUAUUGCACCUUCUUCUUUAUACUUUGAUUCAGGUUGAAAGUAAUAAGCAUUUAUAAGAAUGAAAUGUUUUUUUUUCAGAUGAGAUCUGACAGUUCUUAAAGUAUAGUGUUCAUUUGAAUGAUUAUAAUGUUACACAUGACUUUUUAUUGAAAUAUUAUGUGUUAUUUUGAUUAGUUAUAUUGUAAGAUUCUGUUUUAAAAUAUUUGUUAUUUUGAGUGACUUUUUGUUAGAUCUGUUUUAUUAAAGAGAUAAUGCUAUUAUAAAUAUUGCAUUUUCUUAUCUGGAUGACUGUUUCAUCCUGACUUUUAUUUUGUGUAUUCAUGCAUUUUAUUUAGGGGCCAGCUGAGGACCACCUCCGGGUGCGGGAUUUUCUCGCUGCGUUGAAGACCCAUUGUUGGCCUUCGGCUGUUGUCUGCUCUUUGGUCGGGUUGUUGUCUCUUUGACAUAUUCGAUCCCCACUUCCAUUCUCAAUUUUAUUAUAAUGUUAUAUGAGUCAAGAAUAUAGAGUGAUAUGUAAAUAUAACAUCAAUGAGACAAUUAUCUACCAGAGUUUUAUAGAAACUUGUUUCAUUUGAUUAAAAGGAAAUAUGGACAGGGUUGAUGUCGAUGAAAUAGCAACCUACAAUAAAAAAUUACAACAAAGAACAUCCAAUGGGUUCACCAUAGAGUCUAAACAAAUUGUGAAUCAAUUAUCAAAGGUACAAUUUAUACCAUCCAGGGGCGGAU